AUGGCGUCGACGUGGGUUAUUCGGCUCGUCCAGGCCGACAAAAGCAGUGGCCCGAUUUUGAUCAAAGUGGCACAAAAGGAAGGCGGCCAUGAUCUCGACCUCGACCUUCUUGCGACGGACGGCGAAGCAGCCUAUGCAGGUAAAGUCAGGCAACGUAGCCUCAAGAAAUUGCGAGCGAGGAACUAUGACGGAACUGACGAAGACUGGGCCAACAUCAUUGCCUCCAUUCUCGGCGCGAAAUCGGACGUCUCAAUCAGCAUCCAGCAGAAGAACAACCUCGAGGCGACGUGCUCAAUAUCUGGCAAGGAUCCCAAAAGCACCCUGUCCAUCGAGAUCAACCAUCGCGUCGAAGAGAUCACACAACGCCUUGGGACUAUCGACUUGGCUCAGACGGAAGACACCGACGAUGUUGACCUCUUUGGCUGGGCAUCGCAGGCAGUCGAGAAGCGAGACGACUUACAAACAGACAUAACAAGUCUGAAAGAGCAGGUCAAGACAAAAGAUGAGGUGAUCAAAAGUCUACAGCAACAGAUUGACGAGCUAGUGGAAGCCAAAGCCGAGCAUGAGAAGCAGAUGCUUUCCAAAUUUGCUCUGCUCCUCGACGAAAAGAAACUCAAAAUUAGGAACAUGCAACGGGUCCUCUCCACUGCGAAGACUGAUGAGAAAAAGCUGAAAGAGUUACAAACCGUCAUUGGGAAUGGACCAGCUAGUGUGCCGCGCCGGAAAAAAAGACCAGCUGACGACACCGAUCGGGAUGAAGAUGAGGAAAGUGAUGGUUUCGAGACUUCAGGUCCGGAACCAGUCACUCAUGCCGAGAGCGAGCCUGACUCUCCCACAUCUGGUGACUCGCCCCCGACACCUUCAGAGCGUGACGAGGACACGGACGAGGACAGCUUAAAUGGAACAGCAGCAUAUUCGAAUCAUCCAAGAACACGAGAAAUGGAUUCAGCGCAGGAUCGAGGACAGGGCCAGACACAAGGUAAUGAACCAAACAGAGAAAUGCCCCAGGCUGCAACGACGGCACAGGCCGACGACGAGGAGACGGCAAGUGAGGAUGACGAACUGUGA